AUGUUAGAAGAAUCCCCUGUUGCUGGUACACACUCUUCCUCUACAAGACGUUAUGUAUCCCUAGCCCCUGCAAAGAUAGGUUAUUUUGGUACCUAUUUUGCAUUUGCAGCUGUUCAACCCUAUUAUGGUGUAUUUCUCACUCGAAAAGGGUUUGAUGCCAAUAUGGUUGGAAUGAUUACAGCAUUGAUGCCUAUAUGUAAUCUUUUAUUAAUUUCUCCCCUUGCAUAUUUGGCAGACAGAGAACGAUGUAGUGCCCGAAUAUCUACAAUAGGGGCUAUUAUAGCUACUUUUGCAUUACUUAUGGCAAGUUUAGCAAAAGAUCAAUGGUUUGUUGCAUUUAGUGUUCUUUUACAUUUCUUAGGAAGUGUUCCUCUUGCACCACUUAUGGAUCAACAUACUAUGUCUAUGCUUCCAGAGGAUAGACGUAAUGAAUGGGGUUUAUUACGUUCAUAUGGUGCCUAUGGUUGGGGAAUUGGAGCUCCAUUGGUUUCAUUUCUUAUAACAUACUUUGGAUGGGGUGUGAGUGGAAUACAAUUUGCAGUAGGUAUGAUGGCAACAUUACAUUGUAUGCAUAAUGGUAAAGCAUAUGAUGAUAUUCCACCUACAGAAAUGCACUUUGUAGAAGUAUUUUUAUUUGUUUUAAAACGUAAACGACUUUUUGUGUUUUGGUUAGCGGUAUGUUGUAUGGGAAUGGGAUAUGUGUUUAUUGGAACUUAUCUUUUCAUAUUUCUCACAGAGAUUGGGGCACCAUCUAUUCUCUUGGGACUUUCCGUUAUGAUGACGGUUAUCUUUGAAAUCCCAUUCUUCCGUUAUGCCGAUUGGCUUCAUAAACACUUUACAGAUGUAGAACUCAUGACUUUUGCAAUGAUUGCUUGGGUUGUACGAGUUUUGGGUUACUCUCUCUUACAAAAUCCAUGGUAUGUUCUUCUUCUUGAACCUUUACAUGGAUUUACAUUUGGUGCCAUGUGGCUUGCGAGUGUUCAUCUCAUCCGAUGUCAUUACCCAGCCGAAUUGGGAGCCUCCUCUGUGGGAUUUCUCACUGCUGGGAUGUUUGGUAUUGGCCCAGUGAUUGGAAAUGUGUUGGGUGGAAUUUUAUAUGAGGCGCUUGGGGCUCGUGGAAUGUUACGCGUUACCGCCGCAUGUAUGGGAAUCAUUUGUUUAUUAUUUCGUUUGGUGGAUACAAUGUUGGGAAAAGGGGCGGAAAGGGCAGAAACAAUAACGGUAGAAAAUGAUCGUGUGGGUUUAGAUCCUUCUGGUAUAGAUACAACAGUUGUGGAGUUGGCAGAUGUGGAGAAGAAAAAUAAAAAUAAUAAGAAGGAAGAAAAUGAUAAUGAUAAUAAGUGGAGGUGUCCCUCGGAGUGUGUUUCGCCGUCUGUUUCGUUAGCCAGAGUGGGUGUUGGUGUGGGGAUUAUGCAAACAGAAGAUCGAAUGUAUAGAGAUGUGGACAUGACAGAGGAAAUAGAUGUUACAUCUGCAUUGGAAAUAAAAUAA